AUGGGGCUUAGCGAGUCUCUGAACCUACAUGAUGAAAACUCGAAGGCGGCAGCGGGUGUGAGUGCGGCGAUGUCUUUGAUCUUAGGUGGGAUUUUUGUGUUUAUAGUGUGUUAUUAUGUCUGCAUUCGUCUUCGCUCCCAAACCCACAGAGACGUGCCUGCCGCCGCCGCCGUCGCCGCCGUCAGUGACCAAGAAACGGUCGAGAAGUGUCCCGUAUUCGUUUACUCGACGGUGAAGAAGGAGAAUGUGGCGGCGGAGGAGUGCGCCGUGUGCUUAGGCGAGUUUGAAGACUGUGACGUGGUAAAGAUGCUACCAAAAUGUGAACAUAUUUUCCACCAGCAUUGUAUUGAUACGUGGUUACCCUCACACAUGAACUGUCCCAUUUGUCGCCAGAAGGUUACGUUUGAUAAUAAUGUGUCAAGGGAAGAACAAGAAGAAGAAGUACUAGGUACAGAGUCCGAGGUGGCAGGGACAACAGCGGAACCUGAAACUGUUGUGGGACCCGAGGAGGACGUUGGACAACAGCACUCUGAGUCUGAGGUUCUUGCUUGA